AACUCUCCAUUUUGAAAAAAAGUGAAAUCCUCGGUAGGGGCGUGAAGAAAAUAGUCCAGACUUGGUGCAAGAGGGAAGAAAAUUGAGUUUUUAAACUAAAUUAGCAUUGUAUGCUUCGAGUGGGUGUGGAUACACGCGUUUUCUGUCGGUAAAAUGGGAAACUGCCACACCGUUGGACCAAACGAGGCCCUUGUGGUUUCAGGUGGCUGCUGUGGCUCAGAUCAGAAGACAUAUGUCGUAGGAGGCUGGGCUUGGGCCUGGUGGCUCAUCUCUGACAUCCAGAGAAUGUCUCUGGAGGUUAUGACCAUCCUCUGUCGCUGUGAGAAUAUCGAAACCUCGGAGGGUGUUCCCCUGGAUGUGACAGGGGUGGCUCAGGUGAAGGUGAUGACAGAAAAUGAACUGCUGGGUUAUGCCUGCGAACAGUUCCUGGGGAAAUCAGUUAUGGAGAUCAAGAGUGUCAUCCUGCAGACUCUAGAGGGUCACCUACGUGCCAUCCUUGGUACCCUUACUGUUGAGCAGAUUUACCAAGACAGAGACAAAUUUGCCACCCUGGUGCGUGAGGUGGCAGCACCCGAUGUCGGUCGCAUGGGCAUCGAGAUCCUCAGCUUCACCAUUAAGGAUGUAUAUGAUAAAGUAGAGUACCUGAGCUCAUUGGGCAAAACUCAGACAGCUGCAGUACAGAGGGAUGCAGACAUCGGAGUAGCAGAGGCAGAGAGAGAUGCUGGCAUCAGGGAAGCUGAGUGUAAGAAAGAAAUGAUGGAUGUCAAGUUUGUUGCAGACACAAAAAUGGCCGACUCCAAACGAGAGCUGGAAAUGCAGAAAGCGUCCUUUAACCAGGAAGUGAACACGAAGAAAGCAGAGGCUCAGCUGGCGUAUGAGCUGCAAGCUGCCAAAGAGCAGCAGAAGAUCCGUCUGGAGGAAAUUGAAAUUGAAGUUGUACAGAGGAAGAAGCAGAUCACAAUUGAAGAGAAGGAGAUCAACCGGACUGAAAAGGAGCUCAUUGCCACUGUGAAGAGACCUGCUGAAGCUGAAGCCUACAAGAUGCAGCAGCUGGCUGAAGGACAGAAGAUAAAGAAAGUGCUGACAGCACAGGCAGAGGCUGAGAAGAUCCGCUGUAUCGGUGAGGCAGAAGCUUCUUCCAUUGAAGCAGUGGGGAAGGCAGAGGCUGAAAAGAUGAGGAUGAAAGCUGAAGCUUACCAGCAGUACGGCGAGGCUGCCAAGACCGCUCUGGUCCUGGAGGCUCUGCCCAAGAUUGCUGGCAAAGUGGCUGCACCCCUAGCCAAGACCAAUGAGAUUGUCAUCCUGAGUGGAGAAGGCAGCCGUGUGACUGGAGAGGUGAACCGUCUAUUAGCAGAACUCCCCGUCUCUGUCAAUGCCCUCACUGGGGUGGAUCUGACUAAGAUCCCUCUGCUCCAGAAGAUGACCAACCCACAGUCCCAGACAGCCAUAUGAUGAAUCAGGCCUGAGACUCGUAACUCUGAAUCUUUUGCUGUGUAUCUGCCUCAAGCAUGAAAACAGUUCAAUCCCUUAUGCAACUGCCUUUGACCAGAAACACUUGACACCAACCAAGAGCUUUUUUAUAUUUUUAAGAGGUUUUUAAUUUUCUAAAAGAAAAAAAUAAAACAGGGGCCUUACUCCAGAAGGACCAGACUCUAUGUAUCCUAUGUUGUUUUUAGUUUUUGUUGUAGAAACAUUUAACUUUAUCAUACUGCACUAGUUAGCCAGAAUUAUAUGCUGCAAUCUUAGUCAGUCCUACAGGUCAUCCAAAGUAGAGCUGGGUGUUUCUGAGACAAAAGUCAGAGUUGUAGGUGAGGGAAUGAAUCGAGAAAUAUUAAGGACAAAUCCCUACAUAGCUGUCUAAAUUUCUGCCUGGAAUUUGGAGUGCGCUGCUUUCCUGUCAGGUGUUUUGGCACUUAAUCACCUUUGGACGUGGAGCAGUGUGCCAGCUCCCGCCUCUUCAUUACACCCUCAUUUGUUUAAUACUAAGAGCAGUGUUAAUGAAGUAGAUAGAUUGCAACUUUUAUGUUCACUUUGCUUUUAAAGUAAGAUUUCUAACUGUUAGAUUAACAAACCGCACUUAUGGCUCACCUGAUCUUUACUCACUGUGAUUAUAGAAUUGACAGUAUAUCACAAUAUCAGUGACAUUUGAAUCACUUGCAUGAUAAACUUUACCUCGCAGUAGAUUCUCACGUAGCCUGUCUUAUUGUUCUGAUGUGCAGUGCCUGUUCACCACUCAAGUGCCCAAACCUUAGGACAGUGGUUUGGCUUUAGGUUGGAUUAAUGUCCGAGUAUAUCACUGUUAUAGAUGGAUGCUGUUUAAAUAUCGUUCUCCGUUCUCAUAACAUCUGCUCAUACUAACAGUAGUGUUUGCGCUUCACUUUUGUCGCGUUUGGAUACAUAAACAGAUAUAUAAUUGCUAAACUAUUGCAUAACUGACGCAAAGCCAUACUUAGAAGUGAUUAGCCUUAAAAGAGACUUUGGAUGCCUUCCAGACUUACUGAACAUUUCUGUAUUACCUCAAGUAGAACAUGGAAGACAUUCAGGGUCGGAGGUUUCAUUUGAUUUGUUACUCCCCUCUCUCCUUCCUCCACCUGGAUGAACUAUCAGCCCUACUCCUGUUCACAUGUGGUAACAUGUUUCCUAGACGUUGUUUGAAAUACUGCAGAUUGUGUACAUAUUUUUUUACUUUAUUGGGCAACUCCACACUAAAGCCUGGCGGCUCUGACCACUGUGGGUGGAAGGUUGACCACACCCAGGCUGUGAUGACAAAGCAGGAUUUUAGAGUGGCACUCUGUCAGAAGUUGGAAAACAAGCAGGUGAUCAGGCUGUAAACACUGCACAUGGUGCUUGUGCUCAGGUGGCCUUCAGUUUGGUAAAAGUAACGUGAGAUGGGCGUGAGCAGUCGGACAUUUCUGUCUGAGUUUUUCUGCUGCAACAUGUGAAUCAAAGGAAGCUGUCAGAGGCACUCAUUUCUGCAUGCAGUCUGUUACAAUGUCAGUUUGAAUAUGUUCCAAAAUUCACGUGUAGUGGAAACGGCUUUAAUAGAGUUAAAUUUCACACAAACAUAAUCACCACCUGUUAUGUUCGCCCUUUUUAUGCGUCAUGAAAUGGCAGUUAUGCAUAAAUGACUAAGUUUAGAGCAUCUUCAAACUUUAACCAAAUAUUUGUUUUGUUUUCUGUCAGAACAGUCAUUUGUCAUUAUAAACAGGUUGUGUUCAGUCAUAGUUCAGUGCGAGUUCGUGACUUGUGGUGUGCACUUGCAGGUUUCAACCUCUAGAUGGCAGAACCUUAGCAGGAUUUCAAGUUCUACAAUCUGAAUGAGCCUUUUGUUGCUACAUGUUUUUAUAUCAUCCAAUGUGUUGUUUUGCUGCGUCACCCGCCUAGCUUACGGUGCACAGUUGGCCUGUCCAGUUUAGUUUUUUUUAUUAUUGAUGUUACACUUCUGUUAUUGUGAAUAAUCAUUAACCACUUUUCACAAUCUGUGACCAUAAAUGUUUUUGCUUUAUUGUGCCUGUGAUCAUUAUGAAGUUAUUAUCUAGUCACGCAGUUUUCUUUCUUUCCUGUCAAAUAAACAUGAGGCUUGUAUGGUCUGUGCAGAUUUCAUCCUGUUUUUGUCCAUAAUGUGAAUGUUAAAGUUCCAUCCAACCUCUAAUGUGUUUCUUGUGUUUGUACCUAUCUUACCGUAAAUACAAGAAAAUGAUUAGACUGUUGAUAUGCUCUUUCAUUCAGAAUGGCCAGUGAUUUUUACAAGUUAGCAUUUGCAACUAAUAGCAGGAAUUUCAAACCUGAUCACCUUUUCAGACUUUACCCAUCAGUGGGGUCUCUGGUGGGGCUUCUAAUGAGUGAGUGAAGGAUCAAAUGGCACUAAUUUCAGAAAUUUAAACCUGGUUGAUCCCUGGGAAAAAUUCUCAAAUUCUCUCAAAACCACACACCCAAAUUAUUUAAGGAGAAACGAGACGGCUGCAGAAUUGUUUUCAUUUUCUAUUUACAUUACCUAAGUUUAAAUGUCAAUGAGGUGUUACAUGCAAGUUGCAAAUCAUAUUAUCAAUUAACAUCCACUGAAGAUUAUUAAGUAGAAAACUGCAAAGCUGAGUUCACAAAAUGUGCAAACUGCUAAAUUUACUGAACAAACUUGUUAUACUUUGUAAUACUCCUUUGAUUUAGAGAAGUAGAUUUGUGCACACAGUGCCUUUGUUACAUAAUGAGAUCAUUCUUGCUUCACUGUGCAGAUUGUCGACUGUAUUAAUCACACGCGGAAGUACUGAUGAGAUGUUCUAUUAGAAAUGAGUUUAUAGGAAAGAGAACGACUUUUAGAUUGUGAACUUGAUAAAUAUAUCAGCUGUAAAUGUUCCUCUUUCUACUCUUUCUGUUUUAUGUACUUUAUGACAUUCUGUCCUACAAAAUGUGUAAGGGAACACACAUAUAUAAAUGUAAAUGUAGCAUUAUAGGAUGCAUUUUGCAGCUAUACCUUCUGAAUCUGAUCUUAAAAAUGAGAUUUUAUUCAUUAUUUUGGCCAUUGUAUUUGUGCCAAAGAAUUAGCAUCGUCUAAUCAGAUUAGUUCUUGUUACUCAAGUAGCAUUUGAGAGGAGACUGACCAAACAUCACAGACCUACGCCUUAACUCUUGUCUUCAUCUGAAACAUUGAUUGUCUGUCAGAAAUAAUCUGUAAUCUCUAUUAAAAAUGAUAUUGUGGAUUUAUCUUGUGGCUUCUCAUGUAACACUGGCCUUUGGAGAGCUGAUCCAGCAUGGCAUUUUGAGCAUGUCUUCAUGUUAUUCUGUGUCGUGUGCCACCCUCUAAUAAAUGUUAAACCACUGUC